CACAAAUCUAAAUUGUACCAAAGCUUCUAAAAAUUAAUGGAUCUCUUUCUCUUUACUAAGAGUUCAUUUCUUAGCUACUCAUGCAUCCUCUUAAUUAUUCCAACAAUAAUAUUCAUAUUCAUCAAAUCAAGAUCAAGUUCAAGUUCAAGUUCAAGUUCAAAACAAAGAAGAAAAUUGCCACCAGGUCCAAACAAGUUACCGUUCAUCGGAAACCUCCACCAACUAGGCGGACCGAUGCCGAUGCAUCGGAUCCUACAAGAUCUCGCUGCAAAACACGGCCCAAUCAUGCAUCUCAACUUUGGACACCACCCGACAAUAAUCAUCUCUUCUCCGGAGGCUGCCUUAGAAAUCUUGAAAACUCAUGAUCUUGUUUUCUCCAACCGGCCUGCCACGGCAGCAUCAAUGAAAGUCUUCCGUAAGGGUCCCAGCAUCGGAUUCUCGAACUAUGGUGAGCAAUGGAGGCAAAUGAAAAAGCUCGCCUCAAUAGAGCUCCUUAGCACGGAAAGAGUCAAGUCUUUUCGUCUGGUGAGGGAGGCGGAGACUGACAUCUUGAUUCGCACUAUACAUGAUUACUGUUGCUCUAGAAAACAAACGGUGAAUCUGAGUGAGAUGUUUCUUUGCUUGAGUAAUAAUAUCAUAGGCCAAGUAGCUUUUAGUAGGAGGUUCUCUACUGAAGGAGAGUGUAACCGAAGUGAACACCAUGAUCUUAUUAGGGAAAUUAUUCAGUUGUUUGGUGAGUUCUUUAUGGGAGAUUUCUUCCCUUCGUUGGGCUGGGUGGAUGUGAUCACUGGAAUGCAAGCCAAGUCUAUUGCAGUUUUUAAACGGUUGGAUGAAUUCUUGGAAAGAGAGAUUGAUGAUCAUCGUUUAAGCUCUGAUGAUGAUCAUAAUUCUCAACAUGGAGAAGACUUUGUUGAUGUGCUACUUGAGCUUCAAAGGAAUUCGAAACUUGGCUUCCCAAUUACCGCAGAUCAUAUAAAAGUUAUUUUAACGGACAUCUUCCUUGCUGGAACUGAAACUUCGGCGUUGAUUUUAGAAUGGGUGAUGUCUGAACUAGUAAAAGACUCAAGAGUGAUGAUGAAAGUUAGUGAUGAAAUCCGAAAAGUUGUAGGAAAUAAAGAAAGGGUGGAAGAGGAUGACCUUCAAAAACUUGAGUAUCUCGGGUUUGUGAUAAAUGAAACUUUGAGGUUGCAUCCUCCUCUUGGGUUAUUACUUCCUCGGGAAAGUACAGAAGAUUGCAAAAUUAGUGGAUAUGAUGUCCCCAAAAAAACAAGAGUUAUGGUAAAUGCAUGGACAUUGGGAAGAGAUCCUAAAUUAUGGGAAAAACCAGACAUCUUUUAUCCAGAAAGGUUUCAUGGGAGUCCUAUCAAUUAUAAAGGUAAUUACAUGCAAUUCAUACCAUUUGGUGCCGGUCGGAGGAUUUGUCCUGGGACUCAAUUGGGUAUCACAACUAUCAUGAUUGCACUUGCCAAUGUAUUAUUUCAUUUUAACUGGAAGUUACCGAAUGAGAUGCCCGGAGAGAACAUUGACAUGACUGAAAGUACUGGAAUUAGUAAUCGCAAGAAAUCGCCACUUAUAUUGAUGGCAACACCAAUUUGUUGUUAGAUUUUUAAGUAGUUUUUUUUUUAAUAUAUAAUGGUACCAGUGUGUUUGCGCAUUGGUGAAAGUAUCUCUUUA